AUGGCUCUCCGACUAGAACCAUGGCUGCUGUAUAGGCACGGUAAAAAGAAGAGGUCAAAAACCUUUUACAGCUUGUCGGAGGGUAACUACCACGUCAGCGACGUCCGGGAGAUGCGACACCGUAUGAUCUACGCCCAUUCCCACGGCUGGCUGGUCCUUGUUCACCAAGGUGAAUGCUGGCUGUACAACCCUUCCACCACGGAUCAAAUCCAGCUGCCCAACUUUCCCAAAGGUCACUGCGCCCACCACUUCUCCAACUGCGCCCUCUCAGUCUCCUCCUCUGACCCUAAACUGGAGGGGAGCAUGGUAAUGUUCAUCCACCAGUACUCCGACGAGCCGCGGUUUCUUUACUGUAAGCCCGGGGAUGUGCAUUGGACGGUUGCUACGGUGGAGGGAAAUUGCGGCAGUUGCGGUCAUCGAAUCUACGGUUAUCGAGCCAUUGCUAGUCUUGGUGACGAGUUCUAUGUCCGUACAGUUUGCUGUGAGAGCUUAUUGAAGCUCCAGUUCAAUCAAUUCAACGACGACAAGGUGGUUGAUGAUGCGUUGAUCAGCAAAAUACGGUUACUUGAUACCAAAGUAAGAAGACCGCACUUUCCGCGGACUUACUACCUGAGGGGAAGUGCAGACAGCACAAGCUUCUUGGCUCAGCUGCCCUCGCGGCCUAACCAGCUGAUGAUCGUUGAAGUCAAUUACGGAGAUCACAUUGUGGAUGACGAUAGCAUCAAGGAUAUCGGUUUUAAGGGCGUCGAGUUGUACAUGGCCAAUUUCGAACAAGGGAGGUGGGAGGAUUUGGGAGACUUGCCUGACGAUUGUGCCAUCUUCCUAGGCUCCCAUCCGGACAACAUCCUCGUGUACAACAUUCCGAAAGAGGCAGGAAUUUUUCGCGGGAACACGGUUUACUUCACCCAGUACAGAGACGGCGAUCAUCUCUACGCGUAUGAUGUCCGAGAGAAGAGUAUCAGCGUCUCCAGGUUACAUUGCACAAACACCAAACACUGUUCGCCGGAACCGCAGUGGAUUCUGCGUCUGUGCAGAAUCCACCGCGGCAUCAAAACACCAACCGAGAAGAAGAAGAAGAAGAAGAAGAAGAAGGAGAUUAUGUCAUCAUCCCCUGAAGGAAGAUGCAUCAACGAGGGAAACCCUUGGUGCGACAUUGAAAUCGAGCUACUCAGUCGCAUACAGUCCCGUCUAUUCGGGGCAGACCGCUCCCACUUCCGGCUCGCCUGCAAAACAUGGCAAUCGGCAUUCUCCACCACCACCAGCUAUGCCUGCCUGAAACCAACUGAAAACCCACUCGCGCGAUGCAGAGCCCAUCCAUCCCCGAUCCUAGUACACAUAGGGAAAGACGGCGAGCUGGUCAAUUUCUUCGACCCAAAGACCAACUCCACCACCACACUGCCUCUCCCCGGUCUGAAGGGCGCGGUGAUUCGCAGCUCCAACCACGGAUGGUUGCUUCUGUCACAAGGAAGCGCCGGCCAGAAGCUCUUCUUCUUCAACCCUUUCACCGGCGAGAGGAUCGACCUCCCGAGCCAGCUCAUGUACGAUUUCGAGGGGAUCGCCUUCUCGUCUCCUCCCACGUCUUCCGAUUGCACGGUUCUGGGCUACUCUGUCGCGCCCAUACUAGCCUUGUUCCGAUCCCUUCGUCGGGGACAGCGCAAAUGGACCGAUUCGUCGGAGAGAAUGAAGGGAAUCCAAUUCCACAACUCCUUCACAAACCCAGUCUACCACCGAGGGUUGUUCUACUUCAUGGGGAAGAAUGGAAACCUGUGCACACACAACCCCAGACCAAAAAAGAAACAGAGUCGCACUCUGCUUUCCAACUUGCCGACCAAGCCCUGCGCCGCGUCGAUACGGAGGAGCCAUCUGAUGGAGUGCGACGGGAAGCUGUUAUCGGUGUUCACAGGCCACAUGGGUCGAUCUCUACAAGUUUACCAGCUCAACCUGGGCACAAUGACAUGGGAGGAAGUCGCGAGUCUGGAAGACAAGGUGCUGUUCUUGAGCUCCGGUUCUUCGUUGUCGUCGACGAGCGAGGACAUGGAGAGUCGUAGCUUGGGGAACAAGGUGUUUCUGGACAGGUUUAAUGGGAAGGACGGCGUGAUGCACUGUCUGGCGAGGAGGAAGUUCUACACUAUGUGGAGCGGGUACAACAGCGAUGACUGGUGCGACACCAAAGAGUAUACGAAUUGCGCUUGGGUUGUGCCCAAUUUCGAUACGCACAAGGAAGACGAGCUCCGUUGGGCUCCAUGA